GCUAGCCGGCUACGCGCGCUAGCGCCUUGUGAACAUCGGCACCAACUGACGUUAACGUAUCACCAGCGAAUAUGAACCGUCAACUUGUGGGGACGCACGAGCCGGACUAACCGUUUAAAACAUGAAACUAUGCGUCAAGUCAGCUCUUAGUUUCAAGGCUACUAGCUAAACUGGGAGGACAGUUGCUGUUUGUGUUGUUGAACAAAACUCCAGGGACUUCACAACAUGGACUUAGAAGAUGACACCACCGUAUUAACCACCUUGAAGUCCUUCAAUUCCUUCAUCAGACACUCCGAGGCUCCCCAGCGGCUGUCGGAGCACUCAGCGGGGAGCGUGAGCCUGCAGAGUCAGUACAAACGCAGCAUGGAGUUGUUGGAAGCGGCGGAGAAGGUUCAAUCCAAGAACCGCUACCUUCAGCUGGACCAGGAGAAGAGGCAGAUGGAGCUGAGUCACAAGCGAGCGCGUUACGAACUGGAGAGGGCGGCUUCUGACAGCGCGCGCGACUUCGAGCAUGAGGUCGACCGGAACCAGGACCUCUUGGGGCGAAUUAAAAAGUUGGAGGAGAGAGAGACUGAGGAAGCUAAGAACUUAUCUGAGCAGGUGGAGGUCAAUCGCUCUCUGCGCAAGAACCUGGACGGCCUGAACAGGAAAGUGGAGGAGCGUGAUACUAGGCUGAACACUGCUAACCAGACUAUCAGUUCUUUGAAGGAUGAGAUCAGAGAGCUGAAGCAGAAGAUUCAAAACCAAGACUCUGCAGUUUCUUCUCAUACCCUUGAAAACCAGGAACUGCAGGAACAUUUAGAUUUACAGCGCAGGAAGUAUCAGGAAGUCUCUCAGCUUUGCCAAAGUCUCCAAGCUGCGCAGUCGUCCUGCUCAGAGCACAUCAUCACGAUUAAGGAGUUGGAGAGGCGUCUCGCCCUCCAGGAGCAAGACUUUGCCAUUGUGAAGAACAUAAAGUCUGAGGUGGCCAGAGUUCCAGACCUGGAAAGAGAUUUGAAGCGCCUCAGAGAAGAUAAUGCCUUUCUCAGGGAGAGCAGGGAGAAUUGCAGCCUGUUGAAGGAGGAGGUCGAGGGUCUGAGGAAGAAGCUGGAGAGGACUGAGAGAACCAAGGAAGAGCUGGUUAAUAUGGAACUGGAGAAGGAGAGAGUGGCGGAGAAGCUCCGAGCCUGGGAGACCAUCGGCCAGUCUACUGGCCUCAACAUCAGGAAACCGGAGGAUCUGUCCAGGGAGGUGAUUCACAUCCAGCAGAUAGAGAUUUCUCUGAAAGAGCAGAACUACACACUCAACAGCCGGGUGAGGAGCGCGGAGCGGUCCCAGGCGGAGCUGCGGGCGGAGCUGUCCAAGCAGCGUGGCAGGACUCAGGAGGAGCAGAAGAAGAGGGAGGCGCAGGACGCUCUCGUCCGCCGGCUGCAGAAGAGAGUGCUGCUGCUGACCAAGGAGCGCGACGGAAUGCGCGCCAUACUGGAGUCCUACGACGGCGAGCUGGCCCCCGCCGAGUACUCCCCUCAGCUCAGCAAGCGGCUGCGGGAGGCCGAGGAGGUGCUGCAGAGGACCCAGAAACACAACGUGGAGAUGGAGGGUCAGCUGACCAAAGCACAGGAAGAGGCGGGGACUCUGAAACUGCAGCUGCAUGCCGUGGAGCUGGAGAUGGAGUCUUUAAGGAAGCAGCAAGCCUCCGCUGGUGAUGGCAGCUCUUCAGAGACCAAAGAAGAGGUCAGCAUACUCAGACAGAAAAUUGAAGAUUUGGAGGCAGAGCGCCAGUCCUUGGAGCAGCAGAACAACGUUCUGGAAAUGAGACUGGAGAGACACAACCUACAGGGCGACUACGAUCCCGUCAAGACCCGAGUCCUCCACCUCAAAAUGAACCCCACCGCCACCGCCAAGCAGCAGCGCCAGCAGGACGGUGAGGCCCUGCGGGAGGAAGUGACGCGCCUCCGGGAGGUGGUGCGCUCGCUGCGGGGCGGCGGCGCGGCGGCCGCUCUGCAGGACGAGUCCGGCCUCAGCUUGCCGCCGCCGAAGGAGGUUCUGGAUUUACGCAAGCAGAUGGAGAGCUCCGAGCUCAGGAACCAGAGGCUGAAGGAGGUGUUUCAGAGGAAGAUCCAGGAGUUCCGCACCGUCUGCUACGUCCUGACCGGCUAUCAGAUCGAUAUCACCACCGAGAACCAGUACAGGCUCACCUCGCUCUACGCCGAGCACAUGGACGACUCCCUGCUCUUCAAAAAAGGCUCCAGUGGAAGCAUGCAGCUCAUGGAGACCGAGUUCUCUAAAACUCUGGGCGAGAUGGUGGCGCUCCACCUGCAUCACCAGAAGAGCCUCCCGGCGUUCCUCUCCGCGGUGACCCUUGACCUCUUCAGCCGGCAGACCACGAUCUGAAGUAAAUCGAUGUCGACUACAUUCAAGAUGGGAUCACUUUUAACCUUGCGACAGUUGGAAGUUAAAUACGCACUGGGAGGAGAAACCUUUGUGCUCCUGUGGAUCUUCUGCGUCCUCUCAUGUGAUCUAAGGAGUCCAAUCCAGUGUCCAAACAAGCUCUGAGGGGGCUUGUUUUUUCUCUCCCUGCUCUUAACAGGAUUUAUCAAAAUGAGAACUUUGUUUUUCAUCACUAUUUCAUUCAGUGAUGCCGCAUAAAGUUGUUUUUUAUUAUUUUUAAUCAUUUUAUUUGCUUGUCUUGAAGAGGAAGUUUUCUGUACUCUCUACUGUUGGAAAAUGAUCUUUUUGGCUUCUUCUCACAAAUGUUGAAAAUAAAAAGAUGAAACAUGC